CCAACCGGUAAUCAUGAACCGGUCAAGAAGAAACCCAUGGUCACACCGAACGAAGCCCUUGCGAAGUACUUGGAUAUUCGCGAAGAUUCCGCAAGAAGUGUAUAUUGGAAGGAAAUCCGAUUUAGAUUAGGUUGGGAUGAAUUGCCGACAAUACUGUUACACUACCUGCAUACAUCUCAAUUGCGAAAGGUAGCCAACAAAAGGGCUUUUGCUUCACUGCGAGCGCGAGGCUUAUCUUUUGACGAUGUCAAGGACUGGGCAAGGAUUGUCUUGGAAGACAACGCUGACGAGAGGGUACAUUUGUUCUUCUCUACGUUGUCCUAUUAUCCUUCUUUCCUGUUUCUGGAAAUUUGCCGAAGAGAUAUACUACGCGUUCAUACUCUUAAAACAAUACUAGUCCACGCAUGGGACCAGAUUUUGUAUGAAAAUGAGCUCAGUUCAAAGUCUCUAACUUCGCCGGACUCUCUGACACCACUACGCAACUUCGAAGAUAAUUCGUUCUCAGUCCUCUUGCAUCGUCUGCUGCAUCAGUGCCGUCAAAUAUGGCCUCCGGGAAUGGUCACAGUGGCGCACAUGGUGGGUCUAUACAUUGACAGUCUCUCGAUUGAUCGUAUACACGGCUCCAGGACCCCAAAUCCCGAUAGGUAUCGACAAAUGUGCCGGUUGCAGAAUCGCCUUCUCCAGGCGCUUGCAUUACCAGCCAGAGCUGAGCCAUAUCAGGCUAUGGUGUACAACUGGUCUGCUCAAAAAAUUAUUCUGGGGCUUGCUAGCACGUUUUCUCCUCCUUUGAUGCUCGACCAACCCGCUUAUCAAGCUGUCAUAAAUGUGCUUACAGCAUCCAAGAAAUCUUCAUUGGAAUCCAGAUCCGCAAAACUUCGAGCUAGGACUUGGCCACCCUGGCGAAUAGAGCAAGAUGGCAUGGAUGCCCAACGGAAGCUGGAGGAAGACUUCAGCAGGACCAUAGUAGCAUUGAUGCGUAAGAGAGAAUCCGGAUACUCCGAUGCUUCAUAUGAUCAUAUCAUGAGCAUAUUGGGUGGUCAGGAGCCGGAUGGGACGCCAACGAUACAAACACGAGCUAUUGUGAAAAACAGAUCUCACCUCGGCCAGAAUACUCCGGAGCGUCUACAAUCUAGAACAUGGGCUGCGAGAGUUGAAGCAACUCGGGAUGUACAAGAAGCGUGGGCUGCCUUUACAGAAUACACGAAGCAACGUGGAAGGCCGGGAGCUCGCAUGUAUUAUGCAAUGUUUCGAAAGCUUUCUUACGAAAACAGAAGACUAGGAGCACAACCGCACGAGCAUGCUGGUGCGCCUGGAGACGGGCGAGAAGUGUUGCCUGUCCUUGAUGACAAUAUCACAGACUUCUAUAGGUCGCGGCUACAACCACCUACACAGCAAGAGCUCUAUCGGGACAUGCUUGCGCAUGGCGUGCUACCUUCUAGCCAACUCUUGAGCUUCCUAGUACGACGCGCUUCUUCAAUCGAACAGGGUUUGAUGUAUCUCUAUGACAGUGGACUAAGCAAGCUUGGUCUGGAAUAUUUACAUGGCGGGGAUUUUUAUACUUUACCUUCGUCGGAAGUCCGCGCUAAAGUUCGUGAAGAUCUCGUGAAAGUUGUACCAUCACGCACAAUAACAGACUUCAUAAUACUUCUAUGCCGAUUUGCUCCCCGUGCUGUUCAGGUCCCCAGAGAUGGAGGCACAGACGGACAACCAUCGAAUAAUACUGGUUCGGAAAUGGUUUGGGUUGUUCGUGAGGUAUGGAGUGGCAAUUCUCGUCACGCAAUAUUUUCUCAACCCCUACAGCACGCUGCAUACCUCCUCAAAGCAUCAGGCAUGUUGCAAAGGUAUGCCUGGUAUGCGCUUUGGCAAGCUCUGUCGCAACGGAACAUUGUCUUGUUUCCUCAGUUGUGUAGCGACCCGAAGAACUUCGAGCUUGCCUGGCGCCUAACAGCUGCUGCUCUGCAAGAAUUUCAGCACCUUGGUCUUGAGCUAGAUCCUCAUGGAUUCAGGUACAUUUGCGAUACAUUCACGAAGUAUGCAAAAGCGUACAGCAAAAUGACUGGGCGCCAUCUAGAGAAAGUGCUUGAGGCUGCGGACAUUGUUAAGACUGAGUUCAAGAAACUUAUCAUCUGCAAUGAGCCCUCCCAUCACAUGCUACCACACUUUGCACAUUCGAUUCAUGGGGUUCAUUUACAUGCUUUCGUCCGCAGCAUGGCAAGUGUCGAAAAUUAUGGCGAAAUCAUCCUCAUGCUUGAAUGGAUGGUGCAGAAUCAUGCCGAGCUCGCGACUGUGGCGGAGCAGACUGCAAAUGGCGCAAGGCAUCUCAGGCGAACUCUCAUAGCAUCCAAAGUCUUCUGUGAAGGUACCUCUCAUGAAGCCCGAGCUCGUGCAUUGAUAGAGGAAGUCAAGAUUUGGGAUGGAUGGCCAACCGACGAUGAAGUCGCGAAAUAU